ACCGCACCGAGCUGAAGAGGCAGCUGAUGAGCAGAGCAGACAAACAGCUCCUCUCCAAGCAAACCCUCGCAGCGUCCCUGAGCCGCAGAGACCAUGAAGACAGGCAGCAGAUCGAGGAGUAAAGAUUCACCUGCAGACGCCUGAGUGAAGAGGCAGGAUGGCGGGGGGUCGGAGGGGACUUGUGGCCCCUCAGAAUACUUUUUUGGAGAAUAUUGUCAGACGGUCGAACGUUUGGACACUGUCACAUAGACAGACAGAUACCAACUUCGUCCUGGGAAAUGCUCAGAUAGUGGACUGGCCCAUCGUCUACAGCAAUGAUGGUUUCUGCAAGUUGUCGGGGUACCACAGAGCGGAGGUGAUGCAGAAAAGCAGCACCUGCAGCUUCAUGUACGGGGAGCUCACAGACAAGGACACAACGGAAAAAGUGCGACUAACAUUCGAGAAUUAUGAGAUGAACUCGUUUGAAAUACUGAUGUACAAGAAGAACAGGACGCCAGUUUGGUUUUUUGUGAAGAUCGCGCCCAUUCGAAAUGAACAAGAGAAAGUGGUCCUGUUUCUGUGCACGUUCAGUGACAUAACAGCCUUCAAACAGCCCAUUGAAGACGAUUCUUCCAAAGGCUGGGGAAAGUUUGCCCGACUGACUCGGGCUCUGACAAGCAGCAGAGGAGUCUUACAACAGCUGCAGCCCACAGUUCACAAAGGAGAGAAUGUCCACAAGCACUCCCGCUUAGCUGAGGUACUGCAGCUGGGCUCAGAUAUUCUACCUCAGUACAAGCAGGAGACCCCCAAAACCCCUCCUCACAUCAUCCUGCACUACUGCCUCUUCAAGACCACGUGGGACUGGGUCAUCCUCAUCCUCACCUUCUACACAGCCAUCAUGGUGCCCUACAACGUCUCCUUCAAGACGAAGCAGAACAACGUGACGUGGCUGGUGGUGGACAGUAUCGUGGAUGUCAUCUUCCUGGUGGACAUUGUUUUAAACUUCCAUACCACGUUUGUUGGACCCGCUGGCGAGGUCAUCUCAGACCCCAAGCUGAUUCGAAUGAACUACCUGAAGACCUGGUUUGUUAUCGACCUGCUCUCCUGCCUGCCAUACGACGUCAUAAACGCCUUCGAGAAUGUCGAUGAGAAUUGGAACCACCGAGCUGUCACUCAAGGGAUCAGCAGUCUGUUCAGCUCGCUGAAGGUGGUCCGGCUUCUCCGUCUGGGUCGGGUCGCCCGCAAACUGGAUCACUACAUCGAGUACGGGGCAGCCGUUCUGGUCCUGCUGGUGUGUGUUUUUGGACUGGCCGCUCAUUGGCUGGCCUGCAUUUGGUACAGCAUUGGUGAUUAUGAGGUUAUCGAUGAAGAAACCAACAUUGCGCGCGUGGACAGCUGGCUCUACAUCCUGGCCGAGACCGUGGGCACACCUUACCGCUUCAACGCCAGCGGUUCUGGGAAGUGGGAGGGCGGGCCGAACAACCACUCUGUCUACAUCACUUCGUUGUACUUCACCAUGACCAGCCUGACGAGCAUCGGCUUCGGUAACAUUGCCCCGACGACAGAUGGAGAGAAGAUCUUUGCCGUGGCCAUGAUGAUGAUUGGAUCCCUUCUUUACGCCACCAUCUUUGGUAAUGUGACAACCAUCUUCCAGCAGAUGUACGCCAACACAAAUCGUUACCAUGAGAUGCUUAACAGCGUCCGGGACUUCCUCAAGCUCUACCAGGUGCCCAAAGGUUUGAGUGAAAGAGUUAUGGACUACAUUGCCUCCACCUGGUCCAUGUCACGGGGGAUAGACACUGAAAAGGUGUUACAGAUUUGUCCAAAGGACAUGAGAGCAGAUAUUUGUGUUCAUCUAAACCGGAAAGUUUUUAAGGAGCACCCAGCUUUCCGGCUGGCCAGCGACGGGUGUCUCAGAGCACUGGCCAUGGAGUUUCAGACCAUCCACUGUGCCCCUGGCGACCUGAUCUACCACGCCGGUGAAAGUGUGGACAGCCUCUGUUUUGUGGUAUCAGGAUCACUGGAGGUCAUUCAGGAUGAUGAGGUGGUGGCCAUUUUAGGUAAGGGAGAUGUAUUUGGGGAUGUUUUCUGGAAAGAGGUGACUCUCGCUCAGUCCUGCGCCAACGUCCGAGCUCUGACCUACUGUGACCUCCACGUCAUCAAACGCGAUGCUCUGCAGAAGGUGCUCGAGUUCUAUACAGCUUUUUCCAACCACUUCUCGAGGAAUCUGCUGCUCACUUACAACCUGCGAAAGAGGAUUGUCUUCCGAAAGAUCAGCGAUGUGAAACGAGAGGAAGAGGAGCGACAGAGACGUAAAAAUGAAGCCCCUCUGAACCUGCCACCAGAUCACCCGGUACGAAAGCUCUUUCAGCGCUUUCGACAGCAGAAGGAAGCCCGCAUGACUGACAAACCAGAGCUAGCUGAGCAUGACAUUGAGAAGGGCCCGGUGUAUGUGGACGUCCCCAUAGCUAAUACAGCCAUUACAACUACCAGCAUCGUCACAGUAACAGAAAGCCCAGCAACGCCCUCAUCUUCAACACCUUCAUCUGCAACACCCCCCAACUGCACUCCCUCAGAGAAGGUGAAGCUGCAGGUUCCAUCCUCAAUUUCUUUGGUGGGAGGCCGACCUCCCGAGCAACUCAAAGUCAAAGGCUGGGGUCGCUUCAAGGAGUCCAUGGCCAAAGCUGACAACUGGAACAAAGUGUCUAAAGCCGAAUCCAUGGAGACUUUACCUGAACGGACGAAGGUGCACGAAUCACAAAUGUCUCUGAAAAAGACGGACUCAUGUGACAGCGGUAUCACCAAAAGUGACCUGCGGCUGGACAAAGUGGGUGACUUCCGCAUUACACCCCAUGACCGAAGUCCCGUCCAGCCCCCGGAGACCAGGCACGCCUUUUACCCCAUCCCAGAGCAAACACUUCAGGCCUCGAUUCAGGAGCUCAAGCUGGAGCUGAAGGACGACCUCAAGAACCUGAAUGUUCGAAUGUCCGGCCUGGAGGCGCAACUCACAGAAGCACUUCAGCUCCUCAAAGCGAGGAAAUCAACUCCUGGCUCUCCGCAGCCUCUUUUUGACAUUUCUAGACCCACAUCGCCAGAACUGGAAAAAGAGGACAUCUUCUCUUGAAACAUGCAGGAAUCAUCAUGCAACAGUUAACUAUGAACUCAGCUGGAGUCUGGUAACAUUCAGAAUACCUGGAUAGCUGAGGCUGCACUGGGCCUACCAUUUAGAUAAGGCGACAUUGUGGUCUUGAAGACGCACCAGGCUUCAUCGUAGGGAUGUACCUGUUGGUUAACAAGGGAAGGUGAGGCUGUAGCCCAGAUUUUGAUGUCAAACCUGGAGGUUACAUAAAAACUGACAGCUCUUGUUUGUACAUAAGUUUUUCCAUUGCACUUUAAUGGAGAAAUAGCCUGAGAAGUGUGAUUAUUAGUCUCAACAGAAGAACAUAGUUGUUGGAAGGCACCAGUAAAAACAGCAUGACCCACUGGUUUGUUACUGAAUCAUUUGUAUGAGAUUCUCUUGCAUGUCACAUAAAAUAGACAUGUGCCUCAUACUGCAGAUGGUGCACAUUUGAUUGAGGCCGCACAGCGAGUCGUUUGCAUUAUUUCAGGCUGACAGUGAAAAAGGACGAUGUUUGCAGUUGUUGAAACAGACUCAAUA